UAUGUUGUAUUAAAUUUCGUAUUUAACUUUUAUGUUUUUCGGCGUAUUCGCAAUGCACACUGUCAAAUCAUGCAAGACAUUCUUAGACCACGUGGAGAGCAAGGAAUUCAAGUCACCACGGUCAGCCUAUAACUGGCCAUUUAGUAUCUAAAUUACCAAAUCUUGCACUUCUGUGAAAGAUUGUUUGACCUUAACCAGUGAAUCUACUGAUGUGCAGAAGUUAGUUAAGGUACAGUUGCAAUCUGAACUUUGUGCAAUUUGCAAUCUCUGAGAAAUUUAUACCUCUCCUCGGCAGCAAAUGGUACAUGCAGUACUGGAUCCAUAGAAACCAGACUACCGGAACACAACUAUAAAUUUUUGUCUAGUGGAUGUGUACAAUUUCUGCGUUGAGUAUAACCAACUACGGUUUUUUGAAUUGAAGAAUACCCAAAUGGGAUUGGAAUGCGUUUGAUGGCAAAAUUGCGGCUGAAGCAUAAGCAGAAGAUGAGGAGCAACAUAACUAAUGAGAACUGUUCCACCCCUAGACAGUCCCUGGUUUGGAAGGUGAAUUACUGGAAAAGCUUCAAAUUUGUGCUUGGAUUUUUUUGUACUUGUUGGACUCUCUAUAUACUGUACUUGAUGCUUACAACACAUCCUUGUUUGCAAUCCUCAAAAUGUUUGGCUGCCCUCAUGAUGGGCAGUGACACUUCUAGUUUCUCUUCUAGUGUUAAUACUUCGUUACAUCUGCCGACCCAAACAACCCAACCUCAGGCGACCUGCUCUGAGACAAAACCUACCAGCAAUUAUACCAGCCUUCACAACAUUGUUUUUGGGCUAGCAUCCUCUGCUAAAAAAUGGAAUCAGAGAAAGCAGUAUGUUGAAUUGUGGUGGAAACCGGAUGUUACGAGGGGUUUUGUUUGGUUAGAUCACGAGUUAGAUGGACCCCAGAUAACAUCAACUUCUUUGCCCUCCUUGAAGGUCUCAGAGGAUACUGCUAGGUUUAGGUACACUUUUAAGAAGGGUUUAAGAUCUGCAAUUAGGAUUUCAAGGAUUGUUUCUGAGACAUUCAGGCUCAAUCUCUCAGAUGUCCAUUGGUUUGUCAUGGGUGAUGACGACACUGUUUUCUUCCCAGAAAAUCUACUGCAGGUUCUGUCGAAAUAUGACCAUAAUCAGUAUUACUAUAUUGGGAGCAAUUCAGAGAGUGUUGAGCAGAAUCUCUUGCAUUCAUAUGGGAUGGCUUUUGGUGGCGGAGGCUUUGCAAUUAGCUAUCCACUAGCAAAGGCUCUGGAAAAAAUGCAGGACAACUGCUUGGAUCGGUAUUCUUAUCUCUAUGGCAGUGAUGCAAGAAUACAUGCUUGCUUAGCAGAUCUUGGAGUCCCUUUAACCAAGGAGCCAGGAUUUCAUCAGGUUGAUUUUCGUGGAAACUUGUUGGGAUGGUUUUCUGCUCAUCCUCUGACACCUCUGGUAUCACUUCAUCACUUAGAUGCAAUGGCACCUAUAUUUCCUAAACUAAACCAGACACAGGCCUUUCAACUUCUCUUCAAGGCUGUGAGGGCUGAUCCUAGCAGGAUCCUUCAACAGACUAUGUGUUAUGAUAAUUCAAGGCAUGGAUCAUUUUCUGUUGCUUGGGGCUACACGGUACAUGUUUUUGACAGCAUUCAACUUCCCCGUGAGCUGGAACAUCCACAGCGUACUUUCAUGCAUUGGAGGAAAAGUAUGACAGAUCAAUUUAUGUUUAAUACUCGUAAUGUUUCCAGGAACCCUUGUCAAAGGCCUGCUGUCUUCUUUUUGGAUAGUGUAAGCAUAGGUUCUAAAGAAAUCAAGACUAGCUAUACAAGACAAACUGGAAACAGUUGCGAGUUGGGCAAAAGUGCAUUGCAAGCUCUGAAACAGAUUACAGUCCAAUCAACAGAAUCACAGUCUAUGUGGAAACAGGCUCCAAGAAGACAGUGCUGUGAUAUUCUACCAUCUUCAUCCAACAACAGCUUGGAGGUUCAGAUUAGAAGCUGUUUAGAUGGGGAGGUCAUUUAUCCAGGGUGAUGCUGCAUGGGAAGACAAAAGGUAGUAAUAACAGGCAGUUUGAUUGGUAUACAGUGGUGCUGCAUUCUAGAAGAUAUCUAUACAGCACAGGUCUUUGUCAGCUGUGCAUCCUUGAAGCGUGGUGGAGUAUUAUACUCCUGUUUGAAAUGUUUGUUCAAGGAUUUCGAAAGAAUCAUUUGGUAGCCAAUUGUUGAUUAUUUUCUCUUCACGGAUCCUCUGUUUGCAGUUUAUUCUAGCUAUGUUUUUUCUAUUUAGCAGCUGUCUGUGCUGCUUAUGGAGGACAAUUUUAACCUUCAACCUUUGGAUGCUACUUCUGCUGUUUCAUGCUGUAUUUGUUGCAUCUUUUUGUACCUCUGUCUUCUACAAAGAUGGUGGCAACUUUAUCAUGUUUCAUACUCCUUAUACGUUGGUCUAUUCACAGUUGUCAUUACUGUCGGUGACUGUUUGUUUGCUGUAAGUCUAUUUGUGCGGCAGAGAAUCGGUCACUUCUAUGGUUGCAGCAAUGAUGGGGAAGGAUUUUGGAGUGAUAGGCAUGUCUCAAGUGACAGCUUCCUCCAUACAUUCUAUUUGUUUUUUCAGAUGUGUUUGGAUGAGUUUAAGUCCUAUUUUGUUCUGCUAUAUUUGGUUUAGCCUCUAAGGCUUGUUUCAGAAGAGUUAUGUCUCAGUUUUGUUCUAUCACUACAAUCCUCCUUUGCAGUCAGUGCAUUAUCUCUGCUAUAGACCUUGUAUCUCUAGUUUGUUAGCUGUUAUGCUCCUCUACAGCCAGUAUUUAUUAUGAUUGUAGGACCCUUAGCUAUGCCAGAUUCCUACUGGUCUGCUGUGUUCUGUUUCCUAUUGGUACUUUUUAAAGACUUUAAUUAGAAAAAAAGAAAAAAAGAAAAACAAAGAAAAGAUAUACGCAUGUAUAUCUUUUGAGCUUGA